AGGCUCUUCAUUUUGUCGCGAUUAGUUAGCCAUACUACUAUUUUUGAGGAGAAAUAUAAGCAAGAAGACGAAGAGGUAUAAAUAUGUGUAAAGCGAUUGCGAAACUGUGUGUUAUGAUACUUAAGUGCGAGCACACGCACAGUAUGAUCAGUAGUGAAAUUUUAAUUUAGUUUCGUCACAUGACCUGCUCAUCGGCCUCUGGUGCAGCAACGCGACCGACUGUACAGGAACAAGCGACUAUAUCGCAAGGGAUUGCCAGUGGCCAGAAAGCAGUUGCCAAUUGGAACAACUGACUCAACAGUAGACAAAAAUCCGGCGGCGACCACAAUACACCACCACAGUCAGUAGCAAGAACAAUAUUAGAGCGACAACUUCAGCACCGGCGAAGUCUAAACGGCUGGAAAAAAUAAACAAAAAGUUUGAGUACACGAACACACAGCGGUCGCUUGCCGAUAUUGCUGCGCAGGAAAGAACGGGCAUUGAAAUAAACAAGAAGCGACAAUGACGUCACUAGGCAUUCCAGCGAAGAUUCUCCACGAGUCUAUCGGGCACACGGUGACCGUCGAGGUUCGUGAUGGCAGGGUAUUCCGAGGGCAUUUGAUGCAUUGCGAGGACAAUUUCAACUGCAUGCUGGAGGGCUGCUCUGUUGUCGACCCAAAACAUGGCGUCGUAACAGUCAUGGAACAGGUACUUCUGAAAUGCGCAAGGCAAAGAUGUCAUGUUGAAAUUAAUUUUCUUUUAUCGCCCAUAGGAUAGACCACCGAGAUUGUAUUUCUAGCCCGGCGCCGGUGUGUUGGUUUUCAAAUCUAUCAGGGGCGAGCUCGAGUCGGUUUUGGAAUUGCCUGUGCACUUGUUACGCCUACGGGUGGAUGAUGCAUGAAGAAUCCCGUGAAUAUUAAUAUUUACUUACCCACAAAAAUGAUCUGAACAGUAACUUUUUGUUUUUGUUUUAGUUUACUUCAAAUGCAAAAAAGUAAAAGAUGUGUUGCAUCUCUAUGAACAGGUUUACGUCCGAGGGCAAUCAGUGCGGCACUUUAUCCUCCCUGACAUGCUCGCCUCGUGCCCAAUGUUUGGCGCGCGGGGCCAAGGCUACGGGCGCGGAACAAUAGCACCGUUGAAGGGCAGUGGCGGAAAGUACGCAAAGGGAAAGAUGCGCGGCAAGGCAUAUACAAAGCGGGGAGACAAGUGAGUCAAGUAAUCGAUGACGCAAGAAGACGAGUUUGAUGUAUCACCUUUUGGCAAUGGAUGCGCAAAAAGACUGCUAUGAGUAUCGUUUUUUCGCAGUCGUGCCCGCCAAUGAAUAAGAAGCGGACAUGCCAACCGUCAGAUCGGUGGACUCCAAGAUGGCAGGCAGCGCGGUCGUGUGUUCAGCUUCGGAGCGCUACCCCA